UUUGACAUUUUCAAGUCAAGUCAAGUCAAAUUAACCUUAAACAGAAUAGCGAACACACGUGUGUAUCAGUCAAGUAACUCUCGUGCUCGUAUUUAUUUUGAUUCAUUUUCCUGUUCGAAUAUAGAAUAAACCACAGAAAUGGCGUUGAAGCGAUUGAAAACCAAGCAAUCCAAGCGAAAAACUUGCGCACAGAAAUAUAAAAUUCUGAAGAAAGUGCGUGAACACAAGCGUAAAGUGCGUAAAGAAGCGCGCAAAAAUCCAAAAGGUAAAGGUGCCAAAAGUAAAUUGAUACAAAUACCAAACAUUUGCCCAUUCAAAGAGGACAUAUUGAAAGAGGUGGCCGAACAUAAACAACGCAAGGAAGAGGAACGUCUACAGAAACGAGAAGAAUGGAAAUUGGAGAAAAUUCAACAGAAACAAAAGAGCCGCGAAAAAACGCUCGAAGAAAUGGUACAAGGUGCUGAAAUGCGUGAUGCCAUUCACGAUGCGCUGAACGAUGGCAAAACAAAUGCCAGUGACGGUGGCAAAGUGUAUAAAGAAGCCAAGAAUACAGAAAACUCGCUGCGUGCGUAUUUCAAGGAAUUUCGCAAGGUAAUUGAAAAUGCUGAUGUUAUAUUAGAGGUGGUGGAUGCACGUGAUCCACUUGGAACGCGAUGCGUUGAGGUGGAAAAAGCCGUCAAAGCAGCACCCGGUAACAAGCGUUUAGUUGUUGUACUCAAUAAGGCCGAUUUAGUGCCACGUGAAAAUCUAGACAAUUGGUUGAAAUAUUUGCGUCGCUCGGGACCAGCGACCGCAUUCAAAGCCUCAACUCAAGAUCAAAAUAGUCGUUUGGGACGCCGAAAAUUUGGCAAAGGUGCAAAUACGGAAAAAUUACUCCAAGGCUCACCUUGUGUCGGUGCUGAGCUUCUGAUGUCAAUGUUAGCAAAUUAUUGCCGUAACAAAGGUAUCAAGACAUCAAUUCGGGUCGGUAUUGUUGGCAUACCAAACGUUGGUAAAAGUUCCAUCAUCAAUUCGUUGACCCGCGGCCGAGCAUGCAACGUUGGUGGCACACCAGGUGUUACAAGAGUCAUGCAAGAAGUUGAGCUGGAUUCAAAAAUCAAAUUGAUUGAUUGCCCGGGAAUUGUGUUUACACAAACGAAAAAUGACAGUGAUCAAAUUACCUCGAACACACUGAAAAAUGCACAACGCGUUAGUGACGUGAAGGACCCAUUCAAAGUAGCCGAAUCGAUUUUGCAACGUGCCAGCAAGAAUUAUUUCUGCCGUUUGUACGACAUUUCGGAAUACGACACACCGGAAGAAUUCUUUGCGAAAAAAGCUGCUCGAAUGGGUAAAUUCCGUCGUGGUGGUGUGCCAGAUGCCGAAGGAGCUGCUCGUAGUUUGCUGAACGAUUGGAAUACCGGAAAGAUAAAAUAUUGCACUCAACCGCCCGAAACCGAUUCCAGUGUACAUAUUAGCGCUUCAAUUGUGAGUGACGAGGCUCGUGAAUUCGAUAUCGAUAACCUUGAACAAAUGGAAACCGACGUGUUGAACCAUUUUACGGUCAAAGUAGAAGAAGUUAUGGAAGUGACAAGCUCUGGUCCGGUUCAAAUGGAUCAAAAAGCCCAUAUAAUCGAAGAUGAAUCCGUCAGUAAAAUGGAAGAGUCAGACGAUGAAGAUUCAAAACCAAAACGCAGUCGAAAAGCAGAAAAGAAAAUCGAUCCAGAAAUGUUGCUAGAAGGUAACCAGACGAGCAACAAAAACCUGAAAGAACUGCAAAAAAAGGCAAAGAAAAAAGGCAAACGCAACGAAAAGAAGGUAAACGCUGUCGCUGAUGUGUUAGAGAAUUUCUCACUCGAUAUGAGCGGUGGUGACCAAGACUACAGUUUUGAAGCGGAUUUUAAUUAAAUUUCAUAUUUGAUUGAUCGAAUCAAAUAAUUGUUUUAAUUAUUUUCAUUUAUAUAGCAAAUAUAUAACAUUUAUUAAAAA